AUGUGGAAAGCAUCAACAGAUGUGGCGCCACCUGCUCCGGCAGAGGCUGAUGAUUGGGAGACAGAUCCCGACUUCAUCAAUGAUGUUACAGAGCAUGAGCAGCGAUGGGGUCCAGGUGGAAGGAAUGUGGAGGCCAUUGAUAUGGCGAAGUUGAGGGAGGAAGUUUUAGAAGCAGAUAAAUUGGAUAAGCAGAAGAAAUAUGAACAAGGACCGAAGUCGUCAUAUGGUUAUGGCGGUAAAUUCGGUGUACAAAGCGACCGAAUGGACAGUUCAGCAGUGGGGCACGAUUAUAUUGGCAAGACAGAGAAGCACGUCUCACAGAAGGACUAUGCACAGGGCUUUGGUGGUAAGUUUGGCGUGCAAACGGAUCGUAUGGACAAGAGUGCAGUCGGGCAUGACUACGUCGGUAAAGUUGAGAAGCACGUGUCGCAGACUGACUACGCGCAAGGAUUCGGCGGUAAAUUUGGAGUACAGACCGACAGGGUUGAUAAGAGUGCAGCCGGUUGGGAACACCGAGAGGAGGUGGAGAAACACUCGUCACAAAAGGACUACUCGGUCGGCUUCGGGGGUAAGUUCGGUGUACAGACGGACAGGAAGGACGCGUCCGCUGUAGGCUGGGACCAUCGGGAGGACACCCAGCAUCAUAACUCGCAGAAAGAUUAUGCUAUUGGUUUUGGCGGAAAGUACGGCGUACAGACGGACAGACAAGAUGCGUCUGCAGUUGGUUGGGACCACCAAGAAAAGACCCCAGCACAUGCCAGCCAAGUGGACCACAAGAAGGGUUUCGGUGGCAAGUUCGGAAUCGAAGUCGAUCGUGUAGACAAAUCUGCACAUAGAUUCGAUGAGGUGGAGAAAGUGGGUACCAACUAUACGAAACAGAAGCCAGACAUUGGGGGCGCCAAGCCGUCCUCACUACGAGCCAAGUUUGAGAACAUGGCUAAAGAGAAGGAACAGGAGGCGAUGCAGUCAGUGCAGAAAAUAAGACAACAAAGGCAACAGUCAGACAAAGAUCUCACAGAGAAGGAAAAAGAACGUGUAUCUAAAGAACCAAAGGAACUCGAAUCGCCACCAGAAGUGGUCCCGCAAUCACCCGUCGCGGCGGUGAAGAAAGAACCCGCGUUCAUCCCCGCCCCCGCCCCCGUGCCUGAACCAGAAGUCGAACCCACACCUGCACCCGUAGAAGAACCUAAGCUAUCGAAUUUACCCGACGUUACCCUAGUGGGAGAGCCGAAGGAAGAAAGAGAAGAGCAACUGACCCGGCAGCCCACCAUCGUGGUAUCGCCGGUAGGAUGGGAAGGUGCAACCGGUGGUGCGGGUGAUGAUGAUGAUGAAGAAGACGCGUACACAGCGCGCGCUCUCUACGACUACCAGGCGGCCGCGCCCGACGAGAUCUCCUUCGACCCGGAUGACAUCAUCACCAACAUUGUCAUGAUCGAUGAAGGAUGGUGGCAAGGCUUAUGUAAAGGUGCGUACGGACUAUUCCCCGCCAACUACGUGCAACUACAGGACAAAUAAACUAGCGUGUGAACGCACCCUAUCAUUCCUAUAUUUUAUAGAUGGAAAAUAUUACUUUCAUAUCUACGAAACAGAUUAGACUUAAAUCAAAUCUAUUCACAAUAGAUUUGAAUAUUUUCAAAGACAUUUUGAUAUAAUUAAUUCGUUCCUUAAUUUCUGACAUUUAUUUGUUUUUUUUUUUAAUCUGUCUAUUAGGUUAAUGUGUUACCAUACAGCUGUUAUAUGAUAGUUGUAUGAAUAGCGUUAAAGUAGUUAUUAGGAUUUUAAUAUGUUCCAAAGUAUAACUAAUAUGUUAGAAUUUAAGGUACGAAUUACAUAUUUAGUUUACUGACCUUUAGGCUAUUAAUACUUCAGAGAAUUGUAGUGGAGAAUAGAGAGAUUUAUAUGAAGAUACUAUAACGCGUUUUUUGCCAUUAGUAAAUAUAAUGAUUUUCAUUAUUAUAUUUACUAGUGGCAAAAACGCGACCCUAAUAAUAAAAAAGAGUAAUUACAUUUAGGACAUACUACUUUAACGUUUUUUAUGUUUACCCGGGACUAAGGAACUUUACCAUAAUGCCUAAGUGGCGCCAGCAGAUAAUAAUAUUUUUGUUACAUAAUGAACAAACUCAAGAAAGACAAUUUCUGCAUCUGUAACUCUCCGAUUAUAUCUACUAUAAUCAUAUUUAUGACCUUGUGAUAUGCAGCGACUAUGACUAUAUGAUUGUUUUGAAUAAGCACUGUGGUUGUGGUCACUGCAUUAUAGACCUAGGUCUAUAGUUUAAGUGAUGUACUUAUGAAAAUGACACGAAAUUUAAAUGUACUAUUAAAUUGACUAUAAUGUAGCGAAAUGCCUAAUAAUUAGAUUAUUAUCUAAAAUGAGGUUAGUAACGCAAUUGUUAACUCAUAUGAAAUUAGAGCUGAUUAUGUAAAGAUCAAUUGACAGUUGCAAUUGCAAUUAGAACAACUCCGCGUAGCUUGUAACUGCAACUUUCAUACUUGUUGUAAAAACAACAAGUUUUCUUAAAUCUAUUACAAUAAUACUUGAUCAUCAUAUCUUUUUAUUGAAAU